AUGGACGCGGCAGACGGCUGGUUUGAUGACGAGGGCGGAUUCUUGUACCAGGUUGAGCGAUUGGUCGCUGAGGGCGAAGGGCAAUUCGAGGACCACUACGAAGACCAUUUGGACAACGGCAACGACAGCAGUGACAUUGACCUUGACCUGAGUCUCGACGAGAGUGAAGACGAUCACGAAGUUCCUGGAUUGGACUGGGAUCACAAUUUGGACGACAACAACAACAACAUUGACCUAGACCUUGACGACGAAGAAGGAGAAGAAGAGGAGGAAGAGAAUCACUACAACGUUGGCGGCGGUUCGCUGUCGCCCCGCCAUCGACAGAGUCCACAUUCCCCACAGUCUCCGUCAUCUAGCGAAUCUAGCCUGGUCGACGCCGACCCUGGAUUUGACAUCGACCUCGACCUUCCUUACGAUUUUGACCACGACUUCGGCCUUGACAUUCCCGGCUUUCACGAUUACUCCGACAACAGCGACAACAGCCUCGAUCUUGACAGCAGCGGCUUCCUUUCGUCAGAUACAGAACAAGACAGCGAACACGACAACGACAACACCUCUAGCGAAGAAAGCGACGAUUCUGAUUCCUCUCUCGACCGCCGUCUCCGCGAACAAUUUGACAUCUUCGAAGCCAGCGCACGUAUUGAGGCACGUCUUGACGAACUAGAACAACGCCGCCAGCUAUUUGUGCAAGGACUGGCUGAGGCGCGUCGACGGUUUGCAUCGAUUGCAGGAGAGGAAAACCGCCACGAACAACAUCGUCACCACCCGUAUCGCGUGCCGGCUCUGCUUGACCGUCGCCGUGCUCAACAACAGCGGCAAGGCGGGGGAGGUGUUUUAGGUUCGGGUGAAGGAGCAGCAGGUGCCCCGCGAGGAGGACAAAACCUUGCCGCCAACAUAUUGGACGAACUAGUCGAGAUGGAAGUAGAAUGGGCGGGCCAGGGCGGCAACGCUGGCCGGCGGGCAGGUAGGCGUACUCCCGCUGCUGCCGCCGCCAAUAACAACCUCAACCCCGCGCAACCACAACAACAAGACCAACAAGCUCAAGUUGUCAUCGACUUGACCUCAGAUCUGGAAGAUUCCGACGCCGAGCCCGCUGCCCUUCCUCGAGCUGGUGGAAAUCGAGCUAUAAACAACCGCCGUCAUCAUCAUCAUCACAACCCCGCAGCAUCAGCAGCACGCCGCGCACGCCGCGCAAUGUCCGCCAACAACGCCAACAACGGCGCUCCUGCCCAAGCUGGCAACGGAUUUGCCGAGGUCAUCGACCUUACGCUGGACGAUGACGAACCCGCCCCAGCUGGUCCAGCUGCCAGCGGUCACCGCAACCACCGCUCUCCUCACCGCGAACCCGGCAACGUCGAACGUAGCCGUAGGCCCGUGAAUCGCCGCCCGGCCGCCAACGAACUGAUUGUCGACCUAGGCGAAGUUGACUCAGACGACGACGACGCCGUGGCUCGCGCCGCUCAUCGCUCAGUAGCACGUAACGCCACCGCCGCCGCCCGUCCCCCAGCCGCCGCCGGUAGAGCCGCGCGCGCAGUACCAGGCGCUGGCAUGUUUGGCAACUUCUACCACCUUUUCCGCCUGGGCGCUUUCGCCAACGUCCGACCGGAUCUCGAAGUCCAACUUAUUGGCUUGGACGCGAACAACAAUCCGCUGGGAAGGAACUUGCCACAUCUCGACUACGGUAACAAUGGACGAAACGGAGUUGCGGCGGCUGCGGCUGCUGCUGCUGCUGCGGCUGCGGCAGAACAGCAGAGGAACGCCAAUGCGCCGCCACCGCCUAGAGAAGGGUUCACGCGGGCUACGGGAGAGGAUCUUACGGUGGUUUGUCCGAGUUGUGAGGAGGAAUUGGCUUAUGAUCCUGACGAGGAAGAUCAAAAAGCGGGGCCGACACCGAAGAAGGCGAGGACGAAGAAGGAUCGAGAGGAACACUUCUUUUGGGCUGUCAAGGAGUGUGGUCACGUCUACUGCAAGAAAUGCUACGAAAACCGCAAGUGCACAAAGAACACGGGCUUCAAACACAAGGAUCAGGGGUCCUCUGCGUCGGGCGCGGCUGGUUCUAGUUCCGGCGCUGUGGCGGCCAAGAACCUCAAGGUCCUUUGCGCCGUGGACGAUUGCACGACUGAUGUCAGCUACAAGACGGCGUGGGUUGGUUUGUUCUUGUGA